UAAAACUCUACAGUAAUGUGUCGACUUUAAAAACUCUCUCUUGCUCGAUGUGUCGGCGCACUUACCAAACGUUACACCCACCCGUCUGACCGCGAUGCUUUCUGCUCUCCGCGAGUCACCAAAGUGUUAAAUGUUUGAAAUCCAAAGCCGCCGAAAUUCUCACGCAUAGAGACGAGAACGCGAUCCGAUGCGUGUGCGCAACAGACUGUGCCAAGGAGCGCGCGUAAUCUGGAGUUAGGGGAGCACCGAAAAGACUUGUUUUUCUAUUUUCCUGCCGAGAGUUAAAGAUUUGACAAACAUCAAGCUGGCUCACGCAGUCCCGACCCAGCCCGCCCUGACAGCUGCUCUUCAGCCGCACUGGAGGACGGUAAGCAGCAAGAGGAUGGCAUCAGAGCUGGCACUGAGCAGCUCCGACCUGCCCACAAGUCCCCUGGCCAUGGAAUAUGUUAAUGACUUCGAUCUGAUGAAGUUUGAGGUGAAGAAGGAGCCACUGGAGCCCAAUCGCAGCAUCAACCAGUGCAGUCGCCUGAUCGCCGGGGGCUCCCUGUCUUCCACCCCAAUGAGCACGCCCUGCAGCUCGGUUCCACCUUCCCCGAGCUUCUCGGCGCCCAGCCCGGGCUCCGGGAGCGACCAGAAGGCGCACCUGGAGGAUUUUUACUGGAUGACCGGUUACCAACAGCAGCUCAACCCGGAGGCGCUGGGCUUCAGCCCCGAGGACGCGGUGGAGGCGCUGAUCAACAGCGGCCACCAGCUCCAGAGUUUCGACGGCUAUGCGAGAGCGCAGCAGUUUACCGGCGCAGCCGGGGCGGGAAGUGCCGCGGCUGGGGAGGAGAUGGGCUCCGCCGCCGCGGUGGUGUCCGCAGUCAUCGCCGCCGCCGCCGCGCAGAACGGCGCGCCUCACCAUCAUCAUCACCAUCACCACAGCCACCAGCAGCACCAAACCCAUGGGGUUCAGUCCGGCAAUAGCACCUCCGCCGCGCACCACCAGCACGCGCACCUGGACGAGCGCUUUUCCGACGACCAACUGGUGACCAUGUCCGUGCGCGAGCUUAACCGGCAUCUGCGCGGCGUCAGCAAAGAAGAGGUGAUCCGACUCAAACAGAAGAGGAGAACCCUCAAAAACAGAGGCUAUGCCCAGUCGUGUCGCUAUAAGCGGGUCCAACAGAGGCACGUGCUGGAGGGCGAGAAGUCCCAUCUUAUGCAGCAGGUGGACCACCUCAAGCAGGAGAUCUCCAGACUGGUGCGCGAGAGAGACGCAUACAAAGAGAAGUACGAGAAGCUCGUGAACAACGGCUUCCGAGAAAACUCAUCAAGCAGCGACAACAACCCAUCAUCACCAGAGUUUUUCAUGUCAUCCAGAAAGUUUCUCCAUCUGUGACUGUAAGGUGACUGUGAGCUCACUGAUCCUGACUUUAAGGAGUGAGAUAUCAUGGCGGCAGGUGACAGGGAGACUCGCAGCACAAGGCCUUUCACAAAGCACAAGACUACAAACUUUCUGAAGAAAUAAUUAGGCAGAUUCACAAUUCCCCGGUUCUUAACAGCCCCACAUUCCUCAAUUGUACCUGCAGCCUCUUUUUUCUACAAAUAAACAUAUCAAGUGACAGCUUCAGGAAAACAAGACUUCAAUCAGAAGACAGCAAACCUCAUGGAAACCUCAUGCAAUUCAGCUGCUGGAAACAAUCUUUUCUCUUCAGGUGAAAAACAUCAGUACAUGAGUGACUUUGGUUCACUCAGGCUGCAAACAGCAGCUGUAGCAGAAAUCUUUUCUGCGGUCUAAGCCAUUAAUUAUCACAACCACAUAAUCUUAAAAUUUUUAACAAAAUUAGCUGAAGACAAGUAUAUAUUAUAAAUAUUGUCGAGGACAUGCCUUCCCCUAAGGUUAUCAAUUACAAGCAUGUACACAUCUCACUUAUUUUAUUUAUACAGUAAAUGAUUGUAAACAUAUAUAAAUAUAGCAAAAUUGAGCAAUACACAGACCUGAAUAAUGCCUACUAUUCAAGCUAUGAUUGUUCAACUUUAUUUUGAGAGUAGAGACUUGCAACACAUACCGAGUUUGGGUUAUUUGGUUAUUUUCAACCCAGCGUUGGGUCAAAAAGCGAUGAGUCCUGCCGUUGGGAUGUAAUUUUACCGAUGCAGGGAUGUUUUAACCCAUUGUUGGGUCAAAUAUAAACAUUUCCUUGGUUAAAUUGAACUGGGCUCGUCCCUUUAUGACCCCACAGUGCGUUGAAAAAAACAACCCAGCAUUUUUUAGACUGUACUAUGCCACUGUUACUCACCUUGUCAUUCCAAACCUGCAUUUUCCUUUCUUCUGUGGAACACAAAAUUGGAUUUUUUUAAAUUACACGUGUUACCUAAUGUUUGAUUUUCGCUUACUAUUUAUUCUAAAGUUUGGUUAUUAUUUAUUAUAACAUAAAAUUAUUCUAUAUAUAUAAUUAUUUAUUUAUAAUAUACAUUUAUUUAUUUAUUUAAGUUUGCUCCAUUAUUCCAAGUCAUACGAUAGCUUUGUGUGGGAACAGGCUGAGGUUAUUAGAUGUACUAAAAAGCUAACCAACAAUAACAACUCUCCAAUGUAUCUUCUGUAAUUCUGCAGAUUUAAAGGGGCCAUGGCACAAGACUUUUUUGAGAUGUCAAAUCAAUUUUUACUGUCCUCGGAGCACAUAUGUGAAGUUUUAGCUCAAAAUACCAUAUAAAUAAUUUAUUAUAGCAUGUUAGAAUUGCCACUUUGUAGGUGUGUGCAAAAAUGUGCUGUUUUGGGUGUGUGAUGAUGACCACAAUGAUGGUGGUUUGUUGCAAUUAAAACUCAAUUGUGCUUUUUUCUGCACUAAAUAGCAGUGCUGUGGUUGGAUAGUGCAGAUUAAAGGGUGGUAUUAUUAUAAUAAGAGCUCCUUAUGACAUCAUAAGGAGAGCCAAAUUUCAACAACCUAUUUUUUCAUGUGCUUGUAGAGAAUAGUUUACCAAAACUAAGUUACUGGGUUGAUCUUUUUCACAUUUUCUAGGUUGAUAGAAGCACUGGGGACCCAAUCAUAGCACUUAAACAUGGAAAAAGUCAGAUUUUCAUGCCAUGGCCCCUUUAAACUUGGCAGGUAACUUGAAUUUUGACACAUGAAAGAACCAUUGGCAUUUAGUGACAUUAACAUAAUUGACAGAUGGCUAAGCCAUGCCCCCAAAUGCAAUGAGCCAAUCACAGUGCGCAUAGCAACCCAAUACACUCGGACAUUCUUUCCUUCACGUCCAUGAAAUGCAUUGCAGUUAGUCAGUUUGCGUUCAUUUUUAUAUGUCUUUUCUUGUCAUUCU